UCUUUCUUAACGACCAUUGCUUUGCUCGUCACGUGCUGAGAGAGUACAACUGCAGAAAUGUGAAAUAUGCAGAGAGAGGAGAGAGAGGAAGAGAGAGAAAGACUGACACAAACUUCCAGUAGAGGUCAUAAUUAAAUAGCUCAGAUUCCAAUUUCACUCACCAGUUUCAAGAUCAAAACUUGAAACAACUAGCGUGAGAAUCUAUUCUAAAAUAAAAAUGCAGGCCCGCAAUACCAUGUAGUAGUACAUCUCCGUAAAGCACACGCUUACAUCUCCCAAUCCAUCGGCGCCGGAGGUGGUGGUGAGGAAAAAGAAGCACCUGGUGGUAACGGAUAAUUAAGUCUGUGAUUUCUUCCUUCGAUACUCAUUAUUCUUCUUCAGAGAGAGAAAGAUGGAGAAGAAGAAGCGAUUGGUAAAAAUAUGGGAUGUGAAACAUAUGUUCGAAAGCAGUCUCAUUAUCUUUUUCAUAAUAGGAGCAUUGACUACCACCGCCGUUUAUUAUGUCAACACCGACGAACAAUACACCAGUCCGGCGAGUCCGGCUACUGUAGCUCACAGUCCUAGUGUUUAUGAUUCUUUGGAAGGGUGUGAUUUGUUCUCCGGCAAAUGGGUUCAUGACAACGAUUCUUAUCCUCUAUACAAAGAACAAGAUUGCCCCUAUAUUCCUGGUGAGUUUGCUUGUGGACAAUAUGGAAGAAUGGACUCCAAGUAUCAACAAUGGAGAUGGCAACCCCAUGCUUGCAGCCUUCCAAGAUUUGAUGCCAAACAAGUUCUUGAGAAGCUAAGGGGUAAAAGAAUAAUGUUUGUUGGAGAUUCAGUAAAUAGGAACCAAUGGGUGUCAAUUGUUUGUAUGCUUCAAGCUGUCAUUCCUCCUGGAAGGAAGAAGAUGCACAAGAUCCAGGAAGUUAAACAAGUUCAGGAUGUCUCGUUGCUCACCUUCAAAGCAUUUGAUUAUGACGUUUCGAUUGACUUCUAUUGGGCUCCAUUGUUGGUUGAAUCUAAUGCGGAUCACCCAACAAAACAUAAAAGAACCGAUCGCAUAGUUCAUAUCCACUCUAUAGAGAAGCACGCAAAAAAUUGGGUUAAUGCAGAUGUAUUAGUUUUUAACUCAUAUCUUUGGUGGGGGACACCUACACUAAAAAUCUUGUAUGAUUCACUUGAAGAUUCUACAAAAUACAACGUAGUCACUAACCAUCGUGCCUAUAGAAUGGUUCUAAGAAUAUGGUCAAAAUGGGUGCGUACUCAUAUCAACCAUGCAAGGACUCAAUCGUACUUCAUGAGUAUGACUGCAACCCACCACAAGGGCAUAGAUUGGGGCAUGCAAGACAAUGAAAAUUGUUUAAAUGAGACAGAGCCGGUAACAAAAGAACACUUUUGGGAAAGUGGUUCUGAUUUAAAAAUGAUGAGAACAUUAGAGUUGACAUUAAAGAAUUUAAAAGAAAGAGGGGUUGAUGUGAAAAUGGUGAAUAUAACACAACUAACACAAUAUAGGAAAGAUGGGCAUCCAUCUAUUCAUAGGUGUCCCAGAUAUUUGGAAUGA